CAGGAGGGGUUGAGGCGGUGUUGCUUGUCUCUCCUCCCGCUCCGCGCUUCGCCGGACAGUGACAGAGCGGCGGAGCUAUCCGCCAGCGCCGUUGACGGGGCCGCUCAGCCGCCGCCGGGGCUCGGGGAAGCAGCCGGCUCUGCCGCUGGCCAUGGUGGCCCGCCUGCCGCCGGGAGGGCAGGAGCAGGCGCGGCGGUGGCUGCGGGCGCCAUUGCGCGCGGGGGCCGCGGGACUAUGAAGGAUGGAAGCGGACGAAGUGACGAUCCGUGAGCAGAACUUCCACAGCCAAGUGCGGGAGUACACGAUCUGUUUUCUCCUAUUUGCUGUUCUCUACAUAGUUUCCUACUUCAUAAUCACAAGAUACAAAAGGAAAGCAGAUGAGCAAGAGGAUGAAGAUGCCAUCGUUAACAGAAUAUCGCUGUUCUUGAGCACCUUCACUCUAGCAGUUUCAGCUGGUGCAGUCCUGCUUCUACCUUUCUCAAUAAUCAGCAAUGAGAUCCUGCUUUCUUUUCCACAAAACUACUAUAUUCAGUGGUUAAAUGGCUCGCUAAUUCAUGGCUUAUGGAAUCUUGCCUCUCUUUUUUCGAAUUUAUGUUUGUUUGUAUUGAUGCCCUUUGCCUUUUUCUUCUUGGAAUCAGAAGGAUUUGCUGGCUUAAAAAAGGGCAUCAGAGCACGCAUUUUGGAAACCCUUGUAAUGCUUAUUCUUCUUGCACUGCUUAUCCUUGGAAUCGUAUGGGUGGCUUCAGCACUCAUAGACAAUGAUGCUGCCAGUAUGGAGUCUUUGUAUGAUCUCUGGGAAUUCUACCUCCCAUAUUUAUAUUCCUGUAUAUCACUGAUGGGAUGCUUGUUACUUCUGUUAUGCACCCCAGUGGGACUUUCACGGAUGUUUACAGUAAUGGGUCAGUUGCUGGUGAAGCCAACAAUCCUUGAAGACCUAGAUGAGCAGAUGUACAUCAUCACUUUGGAGGAAGAAGCAAUUCAGAGGAGGCUUAAUGGUAUAUCUUCCACGGUGGAAUACCAGGCAGCAGAGUUGGAAUGGGAGCUUGAAAAGGUGAAAAGCAGGAAAACAAAUCUAGAAAGGAGGAAAAAAGCUUCUGCUUGGGAAAGGAAUUUAGUCUAUCCAGCUGUUAUGAUACUGCUACUGAUUGAGACAUCCAUCUCAGUCCUCUUAGUUGCUCUCAACAUUCUUUACCUGUUGGUUGAUGAGACUGCAAUGCCAAAGGGAUCAGGGGGGCCUGGAAUAGGAAAUGCAUCCCUGUCCACCUUUGGUUUUGUGGGAGCAGCACUUGAAAUCAUUUUGAUUUUCUAUCUUAUGGUGUCCUCUGUCGUCGGCUUCUACAGUCUUCGGUUUUUUGAGAAUUUUACUCCCAGGAAGGAUGAUACAACUAUGACAAAGAUCAUUGGAAACUGUGUCUCAAUCUUGGUGCUGAGCUCUGCUUUGCCAGUGAUGUCAAGAACAUUGGGAAUCACCAGAUUUGAUCUGCUUGGAGACUUCGGAAGGUUUAACUGGCUGGGAAACUUCUAUAUUGUAUUAUCUUACAACUUGCUCUUUGCUAUCAUGACAACAUUAUGUCUGGUCAGAAAGUUCACUUCUGCUGUGCGAGAAGAGCUCCUGAAGGCAUUAGGAUUAGAUAAACUUCAUCUAUCAAAUAAUCCAAGAGACUUGGAGACAAAGCCAUCUGCAAAUGGGCAUCAGAAAACACUGUGAUUAACAAUCGCCUGCAAUCAACAAAGCCGAAAACAUCAACCUCAUGGCAUUCCUGUCAUCUCAUCAGCAUUUUUAUAUUGGUUUUUAUUUGUUGAUAAUUUGGGUCCAACCUAAGUCUCAUUCUUUGUUGCUGUGUGCUUCUGAGAACGUUAGGUAUAUCAGAUUCUUCUCUUUCCAGUGAACUUUUGGUCUGCUUGUUUAUUUCCUGGUAAGUUAAUGCAGGAGGUGCCUUGAAGACUGGAAGCUGAAGAGAAUAAUUCAUUCCUUUAUAUUUGUUGAAAGUCUCACAUCUUUAGAACAAACCUGGUACCAUUUGAAUGUGUAGUACCUCCUGUGUUAUACAGACACAGCUAUAGCGAAUAACUCUGGGACUUGGUUAAAAAAAAACAGCAGCAAAAAGGGUACGCUUCGAGCCCACUAUGACCCUUACUGGAAACGUAAACUACCUGGAGUAGAUAUCCUUGGCAGUAGAUAAACAGUUCCACUAAGAACAUGUUAAAAAUAGCAGUAAUGUAUAGAGAUCACAGUCCUUUCAUGCUGGAUACAGCAGGCUGUUCACAGCCAAAUGUCACGGAGCUUUCUUGGAAGGCCAGCGUUUUCAGCUUUCUGUUCUUAGCUAGAAACACCAGGUUGCUUUACUGGUAGUCAGACAAUGUCUUAUUAAAGUACAAGAUGAAAAUUAACUUCAGUGUUAAAUCUGAGCCAAGUAUGCUUUGUAAAAAGCUGUGUAGACCCCCUGUCACAGCUCUUACAGUUCUGUGAGCUGUCAUGCCAGGGAGGUCACUUCCCUACCAAGUACAUCCCUGUAAAAUUCUUUAUGAACUACUGUGUAUAAGCAGUACUUGUAAUCAAUGCAAGUAGCACAGGCCUAGGAGGCUGCGUUGCAGUUUUUUACAGUCUUCUUUCAUUUGAAGUAAAUUAUUUCUCUGAAUUUAUACUGUAGUUACCAGGAUUUCUGUUCAGUGGCGUAAUGCAGUAUGUUUCAGUAGCCUGUUUUUUUUAAUGUACACAUGAACAUGUAUAUAGGCCUAUAUGUGUAGAUAUCAUAAAUUAAAUUCUAAGCUUCUAGAGAUAGCGUAGGUGGCUUGGUAAGUAAAACUUGUGUGUUUAAUCUUGGUAUUUGAAUUUCUGCAGUGUUACAGCUUAACUGCUCAGAGGCCUUAGAUUCAGGAUGGUGUUGGUAGGUGGUUACAUCCCUUUUCUUAGCAUUACUGCAGCCUUAGGAAUUCCUCAAGCAGUUUAUAUUAAAGAAAAAAGUUCACCAACCAAAACACAAAUAAGUAUUCAAAAUCUGGUUACACUUUUGUCCUGCUCUGCCACAGGUUAUCUUUAUAAACAGGUUGGAAUGGGGACACCUUCAGUGUAGCAAGGCAGAUACCGUUCCUGUUGAUUUCCCAUUUCCGUAAAACAAGUAUGUCUGUAGCCUGAGGUCUUACGCGUGGUGAGGUGGUGAUGACUAGCUCUCCAGUGUGGUUCCGAAAUAAGAUCAACCUUGUGUCAGAAACCCUUUGGCUGUUUCCCUGAGGUGACUGCUCUGGGCUGUAGAACUUACUGCUGAGGGUGUGUGAAUGUGAGCUUUUCUUUUUUUUAUUCCCUAGAGUGCUUCAAAAAUCAAGCUCCAGUAUAUAUGAGGGUUUCUCAUUUUUGCAGCUGCCUUUUCUGACUCAUACUGGGGCACAAUGUAAAUAUUUCUGUAGUAAAUACGAUGCUAGAGAGUUAUUUUUUGUGUAUGUGUGAUUAGUAUAAAUUCAAGGCUUACCAAACUGACUAUUGAUGUGUUGUACUGAGUCUUGGAAGACAAAGUAAAACUUGCUUGAUUUCAUUGAGAUUUACAAGCAUCUUUUCUGUUGUUUGAGUUUAAUGCUGACAUUAGCGAGGAAUCUUUGAGUUGAAGUUCUGCAACUAAGAACAGGGAGCUGUAAUUAAAAGUUGUUUUAAAAUGUGUUUACAUUUAAAAUAUUGGGAGAUCUAUUUUUUAGGGGCAGCAUUCAGGUAUCCUCAGAGCUUGUAGCCUUACGUAUUAGCAUUAUAGUUAAAAAUAACUGAAAUAUAUCCACUUGUCCAUGCAAGGGAUUGUGUGACCAAAAUUGUCCUUGUGUCUUACCAGGGCUGAUGAAUUGUGGUGUGUGAGGCUAGUUAGCAUUAUUAAAACAUUUCUGUGACAACUUUUAAGACAGUUAUAUAAAUACAGUCUGUGGAACUGAGGAAAUUAAGGAAUAAAUUUAGGGAGUAUGAACCAGCAUAAGUCUUGCUCUUAGGUGCUUUUGGAGAGAUGUUUGUCGUGGCAUCAGUGACCCAAGAACACAGGAAAAGAUGAGAUUGAGGUGUGUGUGGUUUUUGAAGGUGAGUUGGGCAGUUACUUAGAGCAGAGACAGUUCCUGCUGAGAAACACAGUUUCAGGCAAGAAUUCAAAACUCUCUUUCAAAACAAACAUUACAGCCUUGCCUUUCCACCCCUUCUGCUGGUUUAUGCAAUAGUAGAGAUGUGUGGGUUAAGGCUAUGUUAGUAAAGAUUACACUGAAACCUAAAGGGUGGUUUAGAUGCUGUGUGGUUUCAAGUAAUUCAGAAAUACCCUGUGCAACUACUGACAGUGUUUUGUUUUAAAACCAACUGUUCGUAUUGUGACACUGUCCACAUUUAAAUACGCCUUCUGCCUGGAAAAAUGGCAUGCUUAUGCACAGCUUCUUUACAGGUAAAAUGCUACAAAUAUACUAUGUGUAAGAUACAGAUCACUGUAUACUUUUCACAGAAGCAUAUGGUCACUUAAAUACAAGCAACUGGUAAUUCAUUAAUGGAUGUUGACGAUACAUUCCUAGUAUUUUGACUCAUGUAGAGUCAGGUGGUCUAUACCUUCAAGGUAUAUACAGCUGAUCUUAGUAACAUUAACAUCUGCCUCAUUUCUUAUGAGGCACAAAGCACAUAAAUGCUUCCAUCUUCAACUAGAUACCACACAAGACCAAAAAAUAGAUGUAAACUGAAGUGUUUUAAGUUAGCCGUUUCUUGGUUUUAUUCCAUGUUGGUAGCACAAUAUUAAAUGCAGUGGUAGAACUCUUUAAGUGUGGGAUUUCUAAGCAUAAAGCACACAUGCUUAUCACUUUAAGCUAAAAAAUAAUAGUAUUGGUUACUGUACAAGUAACAGUUUUUUUGCAGUCAUAGGAAGCUUUGUUUACUGUCUGUAAUGUGGUGUUUAUCUUUGGCUGUGUUCCUCUGAUACCUUUUACCCUGUUGACUCUUAGUGUGACAGAAAUUAAAGGAUUUGACAAGUUG